AUGUACUGGAGGUACAAUGGAUGGUCGUCGCCGUCGUACCCUGGAUGUCAGCCUAUACCGCUUCCAGAAGGCUUCCUAGUGUCUCAUAGACCAGAUGUUCCAAAUCAGUACAUAAAAGCUGGAAUUUAUCAUCCUCAGUGCUACGAUGGAGUAAUGCCUGUUCUUGAUACCAACACCAAUUUGCUCGUAGAACUGUUUGUGGGGCCGCUUCCAGUUAUCCAAGAGACUUGGCAUCAGUUUACACAUAGCGGAUCACGCGGAUCGUUUGCAUAUAGCAUAGUUCCUAUCAUAUACAGUGUUUCCAUCCUGGCGGUGGUCACCUGGUUUCUUACCCUUUUCGUCAUGACAAACUAUACCGUCAAACCGAGCUUUUUGUUGAAGGUUUCGUCGUUGUUGUCGUCGGUGUACAUGUUGAUAACAGUGGUAAAGUCGGUGGUAAAUCUACAUGGUCAACAAAAACGAGGGUAUCUCCAUGGAGCCGAACUCCUCAAAUACAUUAACAAUAGCACCACCCUCAAUGUCAUUGACCUUAUUUUGGUCAUUCUCCUUCAAAUCAACCAGGUCCAGGUGAUCAUGCGUAUCUUUUCCCGUCAGAAGGAUAAACGACUAACGUUUCUCAUUGGUAUAAUAGCAUGCAUUUCUUUCCAGGUGAUCUGGGCCAUAACUCAAUUUCACGUUUUCGAUGCCGACGAUGAAGCAGGAGACAUUCUUCCCGCUUUCAUAUAUUUGGGCCGUAUUGCCAUGGGAGCUUGCUAUGCUGCGUUAAUCUCGGUUUUCAUCGUCACCAAGUUUAAUGAUGUUUUGCUCAACAAACAUAUAUGGCUCCUCUCGGGCCUCACCAUCGUGUUCAUAUACAGCCCAGUGGCCUUUUUCGCUGCGGAUAUCUCCAACAUGUGGGUGAACGAAUUGUCAGAUAUUUUCUCCGUAGUCACAUACGUGAUUUGUGUGGUGAUUCCCUGGGAAUGGUGCAACAAGUACAACCUCAUUUUGAAGAAAAAGGAGAAGGAAGGAGUUCUUGGUCGACCGUUUUACGAAGACGAAGUAUAUGAACUUGAUCGCUACGAAAUUUUCAUCGACAAAGAUAGCGACGAAGAUAAUGAAGAUGGCGGCACCACACAAAGUCGUCGGUCGCUAUCGAUGUCUACAUCCGAACAAUCUGACAACCCUACAACUGCACCCUCAAACGCCAGAGCUGCUUUGCCCUUCGUAUUAAGAGCCUACGAAGCUUCCAAGAAAAACUUUUUGUCUCUUACAGACGCUAUCAUUGCCACUGGUUUGGCAAUUCCCCGUUCCGUCAGUGUCUCCACACUGUCCUCCAACCCUCGUCCCGAGACGGUUCCUCUCACUACUAUCCACCAGGAGAGGGAACCAGAAGAUACCAAUAGCCAGUUUCGCAACGGAAGACAGCGCAAUAACGUCUUUGUCUAUUCCCGAAAGGAAGUGGUGAUUGACUUUGACGAUCCAGAACCUUAG